AUGGUCUUCCAGUUUUGCAUGCGCUAUGCGCCGAUACCUGCUUCUACUUCGAGAGGGAUGGAUUACCUCGCGGUUACGCCCUUUCUGUGGGUUUUAUUGUCCCCAGUUUCCUUCCCUGUGGCGAUCUUCCCGCCACCAACCCCUGACGCAGUGUCAGCGAAACCGUACACAAAUAUUGUCGACAUGGUUUGUACGAACUUGUCUCGUCGGCGUUAUCGCCGCGCUAUGCUUUCAACGCACCGAAGGACUCCGGAUAAUAGCUCUUUGAGGCCUUCGACUGGAUCCUACGUUCUCAACGUUGAGCUUGCGACUGAGCAUCGCAUUAUCCAAUGUUCUCUCUUCCACAAAUCUCUUCUGGCCCCCCAUUCGUCUUCUCCCCCGAGGAGAUUCUAUGCAUCAUCUUUGAAGAGACGUGUUCUCUCCCUCCGUUUCGCGUGUCCUCUCAAUGACGCGUCCUACAACCAUAUCGACGUCUGUAUGUUUUCAUUGGCGCAACAUCUGUCUGUCUACUCUCUCCGUAUGGUCGAAUAUCGCCGUCUGUCACACCUCCUCAGACAGUUCUAA